UUCGUUUCUGCCGAACGUGUCCGGUGGUUUCUGACGUCGUGGGUAUCGUUACAUUCGCGGAAAGAACGAAUCUUGUAUCGACAAUAGUGGGAACGACGUUUCGUUGAACGAUUGGGCAACUGGCCGACGCAUUUUUUGCGGUUGGAAAUCGGGAAAAUGGUUCUCGGCUGGUGACGAUACGUCGACGAUUCCUGCGAUCACUGGAACGAAACAUGACGAAAUGCACAAUGGAUAGGAUCGUGGCGAUACUUUUUGCCACUUUAGUACUAAAACACGCAGUUUUAGUGAGCGGCAAGAAGGUUACUUCAGAAGAUGGAAAAGUCACCAAAGCUACAGGAAAUAACGAGAAUCUUUUCGAUCUGGAAGCAUCAGAGACGUCGCACAGUUUCCCAUUUGUACAGAACGUGUACCAACCUUAUUCCUCCUCGGCGCCAUUCACUACAUAUGUCCGAAAUUUCGUGAGCAAUGGGUACACUUUUGGUUUCAACCAAAACGUGUCAAGUAACAUUCAUCAAGAAAUCAUGUGCGGUGACACAUAUCCACGAGGCUGUGAGGACUCGAGAUACAGAUCGUACGACGGGUCAUGUAAUAAUCUUUACCAUCCCACGUGGGGCAUGGCGAACACAAGAUACGGACGUCUUUUACGUUCAAAUUACGGUGACGGAAUUCGAUCUCCCACGACUUCAAUUACUGGAGCAAGUUUACCCCUUUCCCGAUUGGUCAGCACCGUUUUAUUUCCCCACGCGGAUAUCAACGAUCCCAUUUGGACAUUGGCGGCGAUGCAAUGGGGACAAAUUAUAACUCAUGACAUGGCUAUGAUCGACGGAUCUGCUCAAUCAAAACCACACGCGACGAAAUGCUGUACCGACGACGGGCAAUUAGUGGACCCCCAGCUGCUUCACGGUACAUGUUACCCCAUACUUAUUCCAUACAAUGAUCCCACCUUCAGCAAGGCCAACAUAAGAUGCCUGAACUUCGUUCGUAGUACGACUGACCUUGACCGUGGUUGCUCCUCGCAGUACAAACCAGCGGAACAGUUGAAUGUGGUAACACACUUCUUGGAUCUUUCUUUGGUAUACGGAUCCAAUGAUCGGACAGCAGCAAAUCUGAGAGCAGGUGUUGGUGGUCGCCUGAAUGUAGAUGUUCGAAACAAUAGAGAAUGGCCACCUGCAGCAACUAAUAAGAGUGGAACCUGCGAUACUGUGGAUCCUAACGAAGUUUGCUAUCAAGCUGGCGAUGUACGAGUUAACCAGAAUCCCCAGCUUACUGUAUUACAAAUACUACUGCUCAGGGAGCACAAUCGUGUGGCCGAUACUUUAGCUCAUUUAAAUCGGCAUUGGACGGACGAGACGAUUUUCCAAGAGACACGACGCAUACUAAUCGCAGAACAUCAACAUAUUUCAUACUACGAAUGGCUGCCAAUAUUUUUAGGCGCUGAAGGUACUUAUGGAAACAAAAUACUAUACCAAACAAACGACUAUGUGAAUGAUUACGAUCCAAACAUAAAGCCAGACGUUCUGAAUGAACAUUCGAACGCAGCUUUUAGAUAUUUCCAUUCCCUUAUCGCCGGUUUUCUUAGUUUAGUGAACAAACAUCGUCUUUCGAAUGGUGCUCUGAGGCUGAGCAAUUACUUCAAUAGGCCCGGCAUCAUCGAAGAAUACAACAACAUGGACGGGCUGACGAGAGGCAUGUCCUAUCAGCCACAAAAAGCUAGUGAUCAGUACUUCGACGAAGAGAUCACGCAAUAUUUAUUUAGAAACAACCGACCGUUAGGGUCAGAUCUUCGAGCGAUAGAUAUUCAACGGAAUCGCGAUCACGGCCUCGCAUCGUACAAUAAUUUCCGCGAGUAUUGCGGUUUGCCCAGAGCGAAGACCUUCGUAGAUUUUGCUGACUAUAUUUCUCUCUCGAAUAUACAACAGUUAUCACAGUUGUACGCCAGUCCUGAUGAUGUUGAAUUAACAGUUGGUGGAUCGUUAGAGGCACACGUGCCCGGGACGCUUUCUGGACCAACGUUCUUAUGUAUUCUCAUUAAACAAUUUUAUCAGACUCGUGUGGGCGAUCGGUAUUGGUACGAAAGGGGUGACCAGAAAGUAGCGUUUACUAUAGAACAAUUAAACGAGAUACGAAAGGCCAGUAUAUCCAGAUUGUUCUGUGAUAAUGGAGACCAUAUUACUGAAAUGCAGCUCAGAGGAUUCGAGCAAGUAUCCCGCAAAAACCCCAUCAGGAGUUGCGCCGAUAUUCCGUCAAUAGAUCUUUCGUUAUGGCGAGACUACGAGCCGGAAAUAGCAAGCCAUCGGGAUAAUAUAUAUUUCCCGCAAUACAAAAAGUAAAAACACUUAAUUACCAAAACUUAAGAGAAAUGUUUAAGUUAUUAGAAAAAUAUUUGAAGUAUAAUUAAAUGUAGGUGUAACUAUACAUACGAUUAAUACGAUUACGAGAAGUAUUAUUAACAGUCGCUACGAGUUUGCUGUGCAAAUUGUAUGUCUCUAGUAGUAUUAAUAAAAUGCAUUAUUUUUUCAAAUUGCUGCUGUUUAAUCCAAAUAUUAACUUUCGUCUAUCUACAUUCUUUUCUAUCCUUACUUUUUUAUAAUUAUUCCACGAACGACCAUUAAUAUUUGUUUGGCAAGAUUAGAUUUCUAAGUAAAGAAAUUUACACGUUGAAAUGAGAGAUCUGUAACUGAAAAAUAUUUCAUUGUAAUGUCAUUUCUCAGUUAGAACAAAAUUUUAAUAUUUCGUUGAAUUUUAAUCAUUUGAGAUAAAUGAAACCAUACGAGGGAUAAUACCUCGUGGAUCUCUAACAUCCUUUGAACCAUCUACAGUCCAGAGCAACAGAUAACAAACAAAUAUGUGACACGUGAAUGCGAAUUGAACAACACGUGACAGCAGCCUUAUUUGUUGGAAUCCUCAUCUGAGUGAACGUAUUGUACACACUUUUCAAGUGUUAUCACAAAUAAUGAAUUGGCACGGUGAAAUGAGUGGCUCCCAUUCGUAAUCGUUGAAACAGUUGACGUUAUCGUACAAAUAUCGAUACGCACAACACACCGCUCGAUAAGAUUAAACUUUAGAUGAAAAUAACUGUAGAAGAAUAUAUUCUUGACAUAGUUCAGAGCGAUUUUUGGAAAACUUAUUACAUAUUUCAUUAAAUCAAUGUAGAUAAUUUAACUAUGAAGUUAAUACGAAAUUCAUUGAAGAUUAUAUCUAUAUAUCUUUAUUUCAAAUUCUAUUGGAUAAAAUUCUGUGCAAUAAAAUGAAAUUUCCAUGAUUCUCGCACCUCUCUAAAUUAAUCUAUAAAAUCAGUAUCUCUACAAAGUAUUACUCUUUAAUCAAAGUGGGAAUUCUUUUAUAAACUUUUAAUAAUUUCGCAAUUUUUUUUAAGUGACUUGUUUAAAACUAACUUGGAAAAUUGAUUUUUAGGCAAUACACGGUUCGAAAGUGAAAUAAUAAACAACUAUGUAUGAAAUGUUUUAAACCUGCAUUUUGUAAUAAAUGAAAUCAGCUUUUCAAAAAAAAUUGAUAGGUUUAUCUGAACACGUUUCGUAUCCGACGAUCUGACGAAAUUUAUCGAAAACAUGUCACCGGAAGACAUUUAUGUAGUUUAAUAAUUUGAUAAAGUACCGAACGUUUAGAAACUUAAUUAUCUGAAUUAUUACGAUUAAUUAUCUGAAAAUUCGAAGAUUUCCAUAACGAAGCUACAGAAUUAUAUAAAAUGAUCGAACUCUGAUUUACUGACGCAGCAAUCCAUUAAUUCGACAUAUUAUGAUUCUUUGUGGUUUAUCGAGUCAUUGUUUAUGUGCAAUAUAUUCCGUCGUAAAAUGGUAUUUACGACUUAUUCUAACUCGUUCAAUAAACUUUCUUAUCUCACACACGAUUGCCACCGUCUGAGAAAUAUUUUCUGCCGAGAAACAAGUAUCGGGUCAAUCGGAACGUGUUCACAAUCAACAAUUCUAGAACAGAGUUCUUAUCUUACCGGGUUCUUUCGAACAUAGCAAAAUUUCGAUGACACGCGAAGAAAAAUAAUAAUUUGAGAAAAAGAAGGAAAAAAGGAACUAUUGCAUACGCAUAACACUAUAACUGCAAACAAAUUAUUAUUUUAUCAUUGAGAAAGGUGUGUGAAUCAUACAAUGAAGUCCGAUUACCAUAUCUGCUGCAUGGAAAACAUAAUUCGCGAUAGUAUUGUGACUUUACUUGUUUACAUAUGAUACCAAUUAUUUUAAACGAUCCACGAAAAAACACUCGUGUUCGAAAUGAAAUACAAUCGUAAAAUAUUUUUAAUUGUGUCAUUAAGAUGAAAGUAGU